AUGGAACCAGCCAAUAGCAGCACUACCUCUGGCUUCAUUCUCCUCGGAGUUUCAUCCCGGCCAGAGCGGCAGGGCCCCCUCUUUGCCCUCUUCUUGGCCAUGUACCUGGCUUCAGCCCUGGGCAAUGCCACCAUCCUGGCAGCCAUUCACAUGAACAACCACCUACUCCAUGCCCCCAUGUACUUCUUCCUCAACCACCUCUCACUGGUGGACCUGGGCCUCACCAGUGCUGUGGUGCCCAAGCUGCUGGCUGGGACACUUACAGGGGACUGGGGCAUCUCCUAUGCUGGCUGCCUGGCCCAGAUGUACUUCUUCAUUGCCUUUGGCAUCACUGACAGCUUUCUGCUAGCUGCCAUGGCACUGGACCGCUACAUGGCUGUAUGCCACCCACUGCGCUAUGCCAUCAUAAUGAGCCCCCGCUUCUGCUGGGCACUGGUGACUUCCUCAUGGCUAGUAGCCCACCUUCAUAGCCUCCUCCACACCCUGCUGAUGUCCCGCCUAUCCUUCUGUGCCACCCGUCAUGUAGCCUGCUUCUUCUGUGAUGUCUUCCCUCUCCUCAAGCUCUCCUGCUCCAAUGCCCGGCUCAAUGUGCUGGUGGUCCACACCGAGGGGGCCAUGGUGGUUAAUGGGGCCCUGCUCUUCAUCCUCCUGUCCUACACCCGCAUAGCAGCUGCUGUCCUCAAGGUCCCAUCAGCUGCUGGCAAAAGGAAGGCCUUUUCCACAUGUGGGGCUCACCUCACAGUGGUGGGCCUCUUCUAUGGCACCAUCAUCUGGGUCUACUUCCAGCCCUCAGCCAGCUUCUCAGCUGAGAAGGACUUGCUGGCUGCCAUCAUGUACACCAUGGUGACCCCCAUGCUCAACCCCUUCAUCUACACUCUGAGGAAUGAUGAGAUGAAGGGGACCCUGCGGAGAGCCCUGGGCCAGGUACGGGCCACCCAUGGGGCCUAG